UCCUGAUAGAUAGGCCUUGGAUGAGACGCGCCAAAAACCUCACGUAUUUCUGCAACUCCAAGCUUCACUGUACUUUAAUGGCUUCUACUUUUUCUUCCGCCACUAUUGCACAUAGAUACAAUACUGUCAAUUUCUGCAACACAUUUCUCAAAAAAUCUUUGAUUCCAACUAACUCUUUAUUACGCUUUCAUUCUCGAACUUUGAGACAACAAAUUUCAGCAAUAAAAACAGUUUCCUUCAAAAUUCACUGUAUUUCUUCUAAAGAUUCUUCCCAGGAUAACAUUUUCUCUGGGAAAUCAUUUCCGGCGACGAAUGAUGUUCCAUUCGUAUCCUACUUUUCGAUCUUUUCUCAAUUUGGAAUCAAGAGAUUGGAAAGUGCAACUGCUGUUUUACUGAUAUUCAUUCAAAUUUCAUCGCCAUUACCAUUUCAUAAUCUGGAAUUGGAUGAAUCGUUCAUAUCUCCUGCAAACGCAGUACUUUAUUCACCUGAUACUAAGGUUCCAAGAACUGGAGAACUUGCUUUGAGGAAAGCUAUUCCAGCGAAUCCAAACAUGAAAGCUAUACAGGAUUCUUUAGAGGAAAUCUCAUACUUGCUGAGGAUACCACAAAGAAAACCAUAUGGCACAAUGGAGGGUAAUGUGAAGAAAGCUAUAAAGAUAGCAAAGGAUGAGAAAGAAUCUAUCUUCAACAGCAUGCCAACAGAUUUGAAGGAAAAGGGUUCAGCGCUAUACACAUCACUACUAGAAGGGAAGGGAGGAUUGCAGAGCCUUCUUAAUAGCAUAAAGGAAAAGGACCCUGAUAGGGUAUCUGUAGGUCUUGCAUCUUCCCUUGAUACAAUCGCAGAACUGGAGCUUUUACAGGCUCCUGGACUUUCAUUUCUGUUGCCAGGACAGUACUUAAAAUACCCAAGGCUUGCAGGGAGAGGAACCGUUGAAUUUACCGUAGAGAAAGCAGAUGGCUCCACAUUUUCUCAAGUAGCUGGUGCUGAGCCUAAAAACCAAGCCACAAUUCAGGUUGUUAUUGAUGGAUAUUCAACUCCAUUGACUGCCGGGAAUUUUGCAAAACUGGUGCUUGAUGGAGCAUAUGAUGGGGUAAAGCUAAACACUGUCAACCAAGCAAUUCUUUCAGCCAAUGAAGAGAAUAGCAAUGGCUACAGUGUUCCAUUAGAACUGAUGCCAUCUGGACAAUUCGAGCCUUUGUACAAAUCAAAACUAAGCAUUCAGGAUGGGGAAUUACCAGUGCUUCCAUUAUCUGUUUAUGGAGCAGUUGCAAUGGCACAUAGUGAUAUCUCUGAGGAAGAUUCAUCCCCAUUCCAGUUUUUCUUUUAUCUCUACGACAAGAGAAACGCUGGCCUAGGAGGGUUGUCUUUUGAUGAAGGUCAAUUUUCUGUUUUCGGGUACACAACCGUCGGAAGAGAUGUACUUCCGCAGAUAAAAACAGGUGAUAUAAUACGAUCCGCUAAGUUAGUGGAAGGCCAGGAUCGCCUCAUAUUACCGGCUGAGAACUAAUUUCCUUCAGAGACAAUCUGGGUAUCUAGCCCAUUCUUUCAUUUAUAUAAAAGUCUAAAUGGUGUAAACUUGAUUUUACUCAUGUUUUUGCACUUUCCAUCCUGUAAUACUAUCAUAUGAAUAUUUAUGGCAAGGAAAAGAAUCAAUUGUUACCUGAGAGGUUUUAAACAA